UGAUAAUAUUUAUAUUGAUAAUGCUUAUUGAUAUGUGUUUUAUUGGGGUAAUAAAGACUCCAAAUUCUUGUAGUAGAAGUACUGACUGACUAUGAAAACGUCUAAUGCGGUUUGGAAAAGCGCUGCCAGCAUGAAAAUACUCGACACUUCAUUGGUACCAAAUAAGAGGUAGUUGAUUUUGACAAAGUCUCCUCCCAACCAACUAAGUAGAAGAAUCCAUUUGAAGUUCUUGACAGACUUCAUUCGGUGUAUCAAGAGGAUUUGGGGGAGUGGUAACAAACUCUCGCUAAAUAAUCCCAAGAACCCAAUCGUAGAUAUAAACACCAGGGACAGUUGGAACACAAGGGCCAAAACUGUUAAUGACAACGAAAACCCCACCAAGAACUCCCAGUAUACAAUAUGAUCUUGAUACCACUGCCAGAAGUUGUAGGGCCUUUUAUAAAAGUUAUCAAAGUAUUUAAGGCGGUUGAAUACUAUUUCUAACGGACUUGACGACAGGUGAAUAAUCUUUUCAGCAUCAUACAAUUUGGCAGGGGUUUCCAAAUACCGCAAACAGGUUUUAAGAAGCACCACCUGGAUAAAGAUCAUGAUAAGAGCCUGGCGGAACAAGGAGAUUUCGUAGGGUUCAAGCAUAUAGUAGAUCACUUUACAGAUGGAAGAUAUGAGCAUUAUCAAGCACACAUCGAUGCUGAACCCACUGGUGGUUUUCUUGAGAUAGAUCUGAUAGCUGGUGAGCCCAUAGCUGAAUAGCGGAGUGAACAGGAUCGCCAAGUUGACAAGACUUUGUACAGCCCCUUGGCUUAUUGGCAUCCAAUCCAUUGGCUUGUUUACUAGUUCGCGAUUUGCGAAAACAUUGCAAGAAAAGGCGGAGUGUUUUGGGACGGAGAACGGUUGUAGCGAGUAGGAAAGCUAGGGCGAGAUAGUCAGCUUUUUAGGGCGACACUGUCAGAAAUUUGGGAUACAAAUAUAUUUGGUUUUGCGAAGAUGAUACUAAGAUGCCUAUGAGGUACGGAAAUUAUGAACAACCAGAAUGACGUAGCUAAAGCCUAAAUUCCUCUACUGACUCACGACUCACAUAGACUCUAGCUUUAGUAUCUGGAAUUAUAUGUCCAUAAAAAUACAAUACAUCAUAUGGUUAUGAUUGUAUGUCCCUUUCAGGAUUGCCAAAUAACCACGGCUAUCGCCCGUGAGGUGAAUUUAGAGACGGUCGUGCACCACAACUCUUCAAUCACCCGUUCCACCGAGGCAUACUUUUGUGGUAGGACCGGCGGAGACAGGCAAGUCCGGUUCGGCUCCUGUAGUAUUGGAAGUGCCACUGUGUCCACAGGCGGUGGUGGUCUCAUUUAGGGGAAGUUGCAUAUGUUUUUCUGGGGUUAAAGUCCGAAACAGUCAUCCGGAAACCAUAGUCCGACGACCAGACUCAAGUUGACAGUACUGCCACCCCCAACAUUUGAUCUUAGACUAUAUAUCAUAUAAACCCUUAAAAUCGACUCAUAGUUUACCCCGAUUGCCCGAGAAACCUGGCACAAAUGUCACGAGCUACCCCAGACAAAUGCAAAUGCGCGAGAGUUUGGAUCCUUUUCUCCGAAAUACCGAGUUUUAGGAUCAACGGGAGCAAUAAAAUUUGACUCAAAUAUGAUUAUCUGGGGUAAAAACCCAUAGUUGGUAAAAAAACUAUAUAAAGUGAACAAAACCACCCAAUUUUUUCCAGUCAGGAAUUUUUCAUUUGAUUUUAAAUAUAAAUAUUCAACCAUGGCUUACUCCAAGAUUAACGUAGAAGACGAAGAAAAGUUCUACCAACAACAGGUUCAAGAAAUCGACCAGUGGUGGAAAGACUCCAGGUGGCAUAAAACCAAAAGAGUCUAUAAGCCUGAAGAUAUUGCUCAAAAGAGAGGAAGCUUGAAGAUUGAGUACCCUUCAAACAACCAAGCCAAGAAGUUGUACAAAUUAUUGGAACAACAUGACAAGGAAAAGAGUGUUUCUUUCACUUUUGGUGCUUUAGACCCGGUUCAUGUUUCGCAAAUGGCCAAGUACUUGGAUUCUAUUUAUGUCAGUGGAUGGCAAUGUUCCUCCACUGCCUCAACCUCCAAUGAACCAUCCCCAGAUUUGGCUGAUUACCCCAUGGACACCGUUCCUAACAAGGUUGAGCACUUGUGGUUUGCACAAUUGUUCCACGACAGAAAGCAAAGAGAGGAAAGAUUGAAGCUUUCUAAAUCUGAGAGAGCGAACACCCCAUACAUUGACUUUUUGAGACCCAUCAUUGCGGAUGCCGAUACUGGGCAUGGUGGUAUUACUGCCAUUAUCAAGUUAACCAAGAUGUUUGUUGAAAGAGGUGCGGCAGGUAUCCACAUCGAAGAUCAAGCUCCUGGUACCAAAAAAUGUGGUCACAUGGCUGGUAAGGUGUUGGUACCUGUCCAAGAACAUAUCAACAGAUUAGUGGCUAUUAGAGCCUCUGCUGACAUUUUGGGCUCGGACUUAUUGGCGGUUGCUAGAACUGAUUCCGAAGCUGCUACUUUGAUUACUUCUACCAUUGACCACAGGGAUCACUAUUUUGUCCAAGGAUCCACCAACCCCAACACUCCCGACUUGUCAACUUUGAUGCACGAAGCUGAACAAAGUGGUCUUUAUGGUGAACAAUUACAAGCCAUUGAAGAUGAAUGGAUUAAGAAGGCUGGUUUGAAAUUGUUUCACGAAGCCGUCAUUGAUGAAAUCAAUGCCUCUUCUAUUUCUGAUAAGCAAGGUGCCAUCAAGAAGUUUACCACUCAGAUCAACCCAUUGGCUGAAGCUUCUCACAAGGAAGCCAGAAAGUUGGCCAAGGAGAUUUUGGGUAAAGAUGUGUACUUCAACUGGGAUGUCUCAAGAACCCGUGAAGGUUACUACCGUUACAGAGGUGGUACCCAAUGUGCCGUCAUGAGAGGUAGAGCUUUCUCUCCAUAUGCUGAUUUGGUUUGGAUGGAAAGUGCUUUGCCAGACUUCAAGCAAGCCAAGGAAUUUGCUGAAGGUGUCAAGAGCAAGUACCCUAACCAAUGGUUGGCUUACAACUUGUCUCCAUCUUUUAACUGGAACAAGGCCAUGUCACCCGAUGAGCAAGAAACUUACAUCAAGAGAUUGGGUAAGUUGGGCUUCGUUUGGCAAUUUAUCACCUUGGCUGGUUUGCACACCACGGCUUUGGCUGUCGAUGAGUUUGCCAACAACUACUCUACCAUUGGAAUGCGUGCUUAUGGUCAAUUGGUGCAACAACCUGAAAUUGAAAAGGGUGUUGAAGUUGUAAAGCAUCAGAAAUGGUCUGGAGCUGAGUACAUUGAUGGCUUAUUAAAGAUGGUUACUGGUGGUGUUUCAUCUACCGCAGCUAUGGGUAAGGGUGUUACCGAAGAUCAGUUCAAGGAAAAGGCUAGUGGAAAGUUGUAGUUUAAUUGCUAAAUAGUUUAUUCGCUAAAUUGUUAUGAUAGUUAAAAAGACGUCUAUUUAUUGAUUUCGUUUUUAGGAAUCGC